CCGUAGAACGUGUUCGGAUUUGUAUUGUGCGCAUUCUAGGCGCCGUUGGCAGCGCAACGACGACGACGACGACGACGACUACGACGACGACUACGACGACGACAACGACGACGACCAAGACGAAGACGAAGACGAGGACGAAGACGAGGACGAGGACGAGGACGAGGACAACGAGGACGAUAAACAAGGUGACAAACAAGGACGCAUACGAAAACGUAGGUGGUGGCAAUUACGACAAAGACUACUACGACGAUAACGGAGACAACGAAGACGAAGACGAAGACGACGAAGACGAAGACGACGAAGACGACUACGACGACGAAGACGAGGACUACGUGGGCAUCCUUAAUGUCAGACGCGAGUCUGCUCCCGAGCUCAGUUUUGUUUACCGUGUCCUCGCGUAAACACCAGCAGAGAACUAGAGAGGGCUCGAGAAGUUAUGAAGUCCCCUUUCCUACCGGUAACCGUCGCCACCCUGUUACUGAUCCUCAUCGAGGCACCCGAUCCUGGUGACGGUAUUUCUCACAACACAGUAAAAACAUGGGCGGAAAAAUUGGGCUUCGAGUUAUCGCAAUUGGGAAAGUACGUGACGAAUGUGGAAAAGUUUCAUGAAAGUUACAAACACGCUCAGGUAGUGAAAAAUGCAGGUGGAGAUUUGGCUGGGGAAAUUGCCAACGAUAUUAAAGCUAUGAUGGAAUCGAAAAUUUCUGCUAUAAGGAGAAUCAUGGACGUUGCCGAGACGUCAGCUUUAUCAGCACCCGAUGCCGAUCCACCCGAAUCCUUCGAAUUCGUUAACGCGAAAAACACUACGAUCGAUCUAGAAUUGAGUGAUCAUUUCGGUGGACAAGUUAAUUUAAAUAUGUCCGCGGUUCACGUGCCAACAAACGUAUACGAGCGUGCAUCGGAAGUUUUGAGGGCGAUCAAGUGGUCCGAGGAAUUGGACAAGACAUUUAUUAAUAAUUACGAACAAGAUCCAUCAUUGUCGUGGCAAUAUUUUGGAAGUUCUACAGGUUUUAUGAGACAGUAUCCUGCAAUGAGCUGGUAUAUGGAACCGGUAGAUCUAUUCGAUUGCAGAACUAGAAGUUGGUAUAUCGAAGCGGCUACCAGUCCAAAGGACAUCCUCAUACUUAUGGAUACGUCCGGUAGUAUGACAGGAAUGCGUCGUGAAAUCGCACGACACGUAGUUAAUAAUAUCUUGGACACCCUUGGGAAUAACGAUUUUGUCAAUAUCAUUACGUUCUCCAAUAUUACGAAAGAGGUGGUCCCUUGUUUCAAUGAUACAUUGGUCCAAGCGAAUCUAGCGAACGUGAGGGAAUUGAAAAGAGCCAUUUCAAAUUUGGAAACGGUUAACAUCGCUAAUUUUUCUUUAGCAUUGACAACGGCAUUCGAUUUACUUCAAUCUUAUCGUACCGAAAGAGAAGGGGCAAAAUGUAAUCAAGCUAUCAUGCUGAUAACCGAUGGCGUACCAUUUAAUUAUAAAGAAAUUUUCGAGGAAUACAAUUGGAAAGAUAAUCCUGACGAACCUUUGAAGGCCGAUAUGCCGGUCAGAAUGUUCACUUAUUUGAUUGGUCGAGAAGUUGCAGAUGUUCGGGAAGUCCAAUGGAUGGCAUGCGCUAAUCGAGGAUACUACGUUCAUCUUUGCACUUUGGCAGAAGUAAGAGAAGAGGUCCUGAAAUACAUUCCCGUGAUGGCGAGGCCUCUGGUUUUAGGUCGUACGGAUCAUCCAACUAUUUGGACACCUGUUUACGCAGACAUCACGGACCCCAAAAUGACUGACUGGCUAUGGGAACAACGUGAAAGCGAGGAACAAAGGAAACGAUUUCUAUCGUAUAAAAAUCGGAAACCAUUCAACAUGGAGGACCAUGAUCGCAGAUUCAUUAAGAAGCAAAAAAAAUUAUACGAGCAAAGUGAAGAUUAUCAGGAAUACAGAUUGAUGACAUCGGUUAGCAUGCCCGUAUUCGACAGACGCGAAAACGCGAACAUCACAAGGCAGGUGCUGGUGAACGAAGCUUACUGGGUUACUGAGACAAGAGAGACACGAAUCGCCGAUCUUCUCGGUGUUGCCGGCACGGACGUACCCAUCGAGGAAAUACAAAAAUUAAUGAUGCCGCACGUGUUGGGUGUUAACGGAUACGCUUUCAUCGUAACCAAUAACGGCUACAUCCUAAUUCAUCCUGACCUUCGACCCGUGUUCCAGGGUAUAUUAAAACCUGCAUACAACAGUGUCGAUAUGACCGAGGUCGAACUCUUGGAUCAAGACAAAGGACCCAGAGAAUUUGACGAAGGAAUAAUUAUGUUCCGUAAUGAUGUGAUCAAUCAAGUUAACGGUAGUGUAACGUUUCAUACGAAGUAUCAUUACGAUGACAUGAAACGCGUUGGCCGAGUUCAACGAACUUACAAUUAUGUCGGAAUUUCGAACACCCCAUUCACGGUGGUUGUGAGUCUUCCAAUACACGAUUAUUCUGAAAACUAUCGUGUAUCUGCCACCGAAGAUAUACACAGAGCUCGUGUGAGGGGGAAAGACGUGACAGAUUACUUCGCGGGUAACAACUGGCUGGUGCAUCCUGAUUGGAUGUAUUGCAAAUAUCAUUACAAAGAUGAACACAAGUUCAAUACUUCGGAAAUGCAAUUGUUACAUUUUCUUGAACGUACCCGUAUGCCAGGUUGGAAGUGGAUCGAUUUGAAACGAUCCCAACCGCCAGAGUAUUCUGCCACGAGUUCCGGUCAUGGUUCGCAUCGUAAAUCUUAUCCCAGUACUAACAAAGCAGACAAAAAUUCCUAUUACUGUGAUAGAAACCUUCUUAUGAGUCUGGUGUUUGAUGCUAAGGUAACCGAAUGGUUUGCGAAUCCCAGUACCACCCGCGAAGAAACAGGACCUUUAGCUAGGCUGAUGAAUCUGCUAACCAGGAAAGAAUUUCAACAACGUUUCGGUGUGACGCUUGCUUUCAUGGCUACUCACAGUGGCUUGACAAGAUGGCAAGAUUUUCUCUUGGAUGAAGAAGAUCCUAUACCCGACGAUCACUUUAGCAAAAUGUAUUCUAGAGCGAUAGACGAGGUCUGGUACAAACGUGCUGUCGAACAACAUUAUGUUCAACCAGAAAGCUUCGUUUUUUCUGUACCAAUCGAUGAAGAAGGAGCAGACAACACUACUUUGGUCACUGCCAGUCGUGCCAUAUUUAUCGGUAAUGGAAAAGUUAAAGCACCGGUAGCCGUCGUAGGAUUUCAAUUUCAACACACCGCACUGCAAGGUCUCUUUCAAAAUAUAACGUUCAAUUGCGAAGGACUCGGUAAUUGUUAUAAACAUUGCGGGAAUGAUUCGUGGGCUUGUUAUUUGAUCGAUAACAACGGAUAUAUAAUAGCGGCUGAAAACGAGUGCGAAGCUGGAAAAUUUUUUGGUGAAGUUAGAGGCCCUGUAAUGGCUGGKCUUGUAAAGGAAGGUAUUUUUGAAAAAAUCAGGAUGUACGAUUACCAAGCGGUUUGUUUCAAAAGGAAAGCGACUAAGAACGAUGCCAGUAUUUUACUC